UCGCGAGAGUGCCGCAGUCGCUCAGCAGCAGUCGCUUUUGCAGCAGGGCUGAGGGAGACGGAUCGAGAAGGAAAGCGGGGAGGCUGCAUCAUGGCGGAUAGAGACAGUGGAAGUGAGCACGGUGGAUUCGCCACAGGCCCCGGCGCUAGCCCAAUGCACCCGGGCGCGACGGGCGCGGCAUCUCGGCUGCAGCACGACACGGAGGAGCUCGCGUCGAAGCGGGUUGACAUUCAGAACAAACGCUUUUAUCUGGACGUAAAGCAGAACGCCAAAGGCCGCUUUCUGAAGAUAGCAGAGGUCGGGGCCGGGGGAAAUAAGAGCCGCCUGACUCUCUCCAUGUCGGUAGCCGUGGAGUUCCGCGACUACUUGGGAGACUUCAUCGAGCACUACGCCCAGCUGGGUCCCAGCAACCCCGAUAUCGUGCAGGACGAGCCCCGGAGGGCCCUCAAGAGCGAGUUUCUGGUGCGGGAGAAUCGAAAGUACUACAUGGAUCUGAAGGAGAACCAGAGGGGACGGUUUCUGAGGAUCAGACAGACCGUAAAUCGGGGGCCCGGAUUGGGAGCAUCGCAAGGCCAGACCAUCGCUCUUCCAGCGCAGGGACUCAUCGAGUUCCGCGACGCUUUGGCCAAACUCAUCGACGACUUCGGCGUGGACGAGGACCCCGCGGAGCUGCCAGAGGGCACCUCGUUGACUGUGGAUAACAAGCGCUUCUUUUUUGACGUGGGCUCCAACAAGUACGGAGUGUUCAUGCGGGUGAGCGAGGUGAAGCCCACCUACCGCAACUCCAUCACGGUGCCCUGCAAAGUCUGGUCCAAAUUCGGAGCGACGUUCUGCAAAUACGCGGAUGAGAUGAAAAAGAUCCAGGAGCGGAGCAGGGAGAGGAGGGCGCGCGAGAUGCAACCGGAGGGCCUGCAAGGGGACGACGGGGACGAGGAUUAAUGGAUAUAUACUUAGUCAUACAUGUAAACAUAUACACACGAUGUAUAUACGCGGAGAAUAGGACAUUAAAAAAGAUAUAUAACGAACGACAUGAUAAUCAAACGUUACUGUAAUGCGAGAUGUGAGAUAGAAUUUCAAGGGAUCGAUCAACAACAACACAACCCUCACAGACUUUAACAGUCGCAUCUCUUCACCCAUCGCCGGAUGUUACCCACUUACUCACCAUUUAACAGUAAGACGCUGCUAUCGAUAACAUGAUCUAUUUGAACCGUGUCCUGGAUGGUGCGAGUGUCAUAGAGGCGGGAGUGUGUAUUUCCCUCUUUACCCAUGUGUUUGACACAUCCAAGCUAUUCUAACACUAUUUCCAAAGGUGCAGAUUAAUGAGAAAUAUGCCAAAUUAAUCAUUAGAGCUCAUGUUUGACUUCCAGCACAAAGCUAUAAUUUAGGAAACAAAGGUUCAAAACGCAAACGAACAUCAGAUGGUACGACCACGAGUGAGUGCUGACAACACGCACCGAGUCAGAAUAUUCGAUCUUUAAAAAGCGGAUGUCACCCCUUCUUCUUGUUCGACUUAACGCAUACGAUGAUAUGUAGAUACGAUGUUUACUCGUUUGCCUCUUAACUAUAGACAUAAAGCAAAUGAGUUCGUUUGUUCGCACGCGAUGUCAUGCAAUGUGUGCUUCGGUAGCCGCGCAGUGAACCCGGGGCGCAUUGCUCCAACGACCGGUUGACGUUUAUUCCUGUUCAAAACAAAACCUGUCGCACCGUGCCCACCGACAUUCGGGCAAACAGUUCCAUUGAAGUGCUAACUUAGAUAUACGAACUAUGAUUUUGUGAAUCAGAUGUACUUAGAUCCUUUUAAAAUUACCCACGUUUUCUGUGGGAAUUUUUCUUUUUGGGGCGGGGGGGAUAGGUCGGAGGGGGGUGCUUGUAUAUAAAAAAGAAGCUGUCCACUAGUGUGAGCGCGGAUGCAUGUGAAGUUGCGCGGAGCAUCCUCUACAACGUCAAAAAAACAACAACUCUGGUGCCUUAUAAUCUCUCCACACGUUUACAUGCUUUACGUGUACGAUGUUUUUUUCCGAUCGCUGUUUGUCUUUCUUUGUUGUUAGGGGUCGCAACUGAGUUGUUGCUGUGCCACUCGUGGUGCUUCUUUAAUGACUUCUUCAACAAGCCAAUCAAAGAAAGAGGCGCGCGGGGCUCUCGGUCCCACACGUCGCCGAGAAGAGAACGGCGACUAUUGGGUCAUCGUCAAACAGCGCUGACGUAAACAUGGAUGUAUGCUGGCAUUGACGUCGUGUCCAAAUUAUCAUAAUUAAACGCCCUAAAUUCAGAAAUCAUUCAAGUGCGACUGAUGACAGAUUUUGAAAGGCACUUUCUUUUAAUUAUCGUAAUUUCGACACGAGGUCAGCGCAGCACUAGUCACCUAAAGGCGGUGGGGGUGUGCUCGUGCUCCGUGUAAAAAUAACGAUAUAGCUUCUUGUAAAAAAGAGCGAUAACGCCGAACGUUAUGCUAAUGUAGGCCUAUAUUAGUAGACUUACGGCCGAGGCAGUAGCCUGUAUGAUUUUUGUAUGGUGCUAAUAUCCCGUUCGUGGGAUUUAUUUCUGCCGGUCUUAGGUAUCAGUUGCUGCGUUCGUUUUAAACCUCGUCACAUCGCACCUUGAGAUUUUACUUUCCUCACUAAAGUUACAGUGCUAACGUUGCACUAGGCUAUCUAUUGCGCAAUAUGUUGCGGGCCGCGUGCCAAGUCCGGCAUUCUGUGCGCGUGUGGACACUCGUCCCCUGUAACGACAAAAAAAAUCGACGCAUAAAGCUGAUUUAACUGUGUAUGAGAUUCAAAACCAGACGACUAGCCUUUAUGGGAAGCUGCCCAAGAUAACACUUCAUUCUUCUUACCGCCGGUCACUAAAAACGGGGAGACGGAGCUCGCGCACCAAUCAGGCGCGUUCCUUCGUUGUGACGUAAAACGUUCGUUUUGAGCUCGAGUAGUUGUCUGUUUUUGCCGAUGUUUUUCAUGCACAGCGCUUCGGUCAGAAAUAUAAGUAUUUAUUUGCUAUGUGAACAAUGUUGUUGGAAGAAAUCGUAAUCUCCUCAAACCCUCCUGACGUAAACCAGCUUACUAAUGUUGCAAAGACAUUUAGUGAAAAGCCUGUUGCUGUUUUUAAGACCCAACACCAUAUCUCACCAGUUUGGUUCAAAUGAGGCCAAAAGUCACCAGCCUAUAGACAGUUUGGGGGGUUUUGUCACCGGCUCCAGGCCUGUUUCAUGUUAAGCACAUGAGUGCAUUUUGAGAAAGGCUGUCAUUACUUCUGCACAAGAUUAAAAACAUACGUAGG